AUGGAUGGGAUCAUCUAUCAGAAUACAAAUGACCCCAAGGUUCUUGUCCAGAUGGGCUACGACAAGAUCGCCACGAAUUACCUGGAGUGGACAUCGGGAAAACCAACGGCGCGUCUCGAAUACCUUGGCAAGCUGCUCACGCAUUUGGAGAAUGCGCCACAGGCGACAGUUCUAGAGCUGGGUUGUGGCGCUGGCAUUCCGGGCACGAAACUCCUGGCAGAACGUUGCGGCCACGUUAUUGCAAACGACAUCUCCGAAAGUCAGAUUGAAUUAGCCCAAACCAACGUGCCGGGAGCUCACAUACAUUUCAUCAAGGAUGAUAUGACCAGCCUCGCGCUGGAAGCCUUGUCGUUGCAGGCGGUCGUGGCAUUCUACUCCAUCAUCCAUCUCCCACGCGGAGAACAACAAACAAUAAUGGCCCAGAUUUGGACUUGGCUAUCGCCCGGUGGUUAUCUUGUGUGCAAUCUCGGAGUCAAGGACGAUCCCGGCACGACAACAGAGUGGCUAGGGUCUGCUCAGAUGUAUUGGAGCAGCUUCGAUGCAGCAACGAAUCUGCAAUCGCUGCAGCGCAUUGGCUUCACCAUCAUAGACAGCCACAUUCUGUCCGACGAUGAGGAUGGCCGGAUCGUCCCUUUUCUGUGGGUUCUAGCCCGCAAGGGUCUCGACAAGUGA